AUGAGCAAACGAUUGAAGUUCGCAAAGCUAAGGCUUGCCAAACCGAUCGAUGCUGGCGCUCCACCAAUGGGCGUAGUCCCGGCCGAAGCGAAUGUUUGCACGAAUAGUACGGUGUGUGGUAAAACCUCCAAAUUCUUUACUGGAGGGGUAGAAAAUGCUUCUACCGAGGAGCAGACGUUUAUAAUGAUACACUCCGACGAUUCUGGGGAGGAUAAUGAAACGGUCAAAGAAGAAAGCUCGCGACGAAGAACACAAAAGGCACCCAAAGCGAGUCCGACCGAUGGUCCAAAGCUCCCCAAAAUUCGAAAGAAAGCCUGCGAUGGUAACGCGUUGAUAAGCAACUUUUUGCAGUCACAACCAAAUCAAACAGAGGGAGCACGUGAUGAUGAUUUUGAGGAGUCCAAGUCAGGAAAAGGUUCCCAGUCGAGGCCAACUAAAGUGCAACGAGUCGCUAAGAAAACUACUACGAAAGCUCAAAAGCGGCCCAAGCAUCAGAGCGAUAUUCGGAAAGUGUUUAAAAAGUACAAGAACGACCAUGAGGUACUGCACGAGCUGCUUAAGGUACAUAGCGCUUCUGAACAGAUCGAUCCGGAGCAGCUACAAAUCGCGCUAGCUAUGUCACGAUCGCUGGCCGAUCAGGAAGUUAACGAACUUCCAACGACUAGUGGAGAAACGCUUGGUACAGACUGUGCAAUAGCAAGUUGCUCCGGUUCAUCGGAAGAGCGUCGGAUAGUAAGCAUUCGUACAACGUUGGAACAGUUUGGAUUUCGGUGUAAGAACAGUUACACUGAUUACGAUUUGAACGUCAUCUUUGGUAGUGCUUCAGCUAAGAAUGUGAAAAAGAUUAAGUAUAAACGAGCUACAAAUCUAGUACCAAGAAGCAGAGAAGAAUUGUCCACUUUCAUCGAUAGUCAAGCAAAGAAGCUGUUCCCUUUAGAAAUGAUUGAAAGGAAUGAAGAAGAAAGUACAUCCAAACAGCGGGAAAGCAUCCAAUCUCACUUAAACAAUCUGUUCUGGAUCGCACAAACUGAGCUGCCGAGUGAGCAAUUGAUGGAAAAGUUUUAUGUGCCAGAGCUAUUGGAAGUAAAUCCAGCUCCGGUGGGAUGCAUGUUGAAGGAUUGGAGUAAAAUUCCUGGUCGUGAGAGUACGCCGGACCGAGAAAAUGAUGCCAGAUCUAUGGAAGAUAAUGGCGCUCGAACACAGUCUCCUGAUUUGUUUAAUGAUUCGGAAGCAGUAAACAAUGCGGGAGACAUUGAUCCAAUUGAAGAGCAAUUAAUUGGUGAUACCUCUGCUGAAAAGACUGAUCAGACAAAUGUUGGGGAAAAUGAUGAUGAAACUGCACACUCAGAAGAAGUGGUAAUAAUUAAUUCUUCAAAUGAAUCUUCCUGCACUAAGCCAAAUGAAAACGCACAUUUCCUAAAGAAAAAAUCUCCCGAAGGCACCGAAAAUGAUGUAAACAAACAGUGCACCAAGUUUAACCAGGUCAUGGAAAACAAUAGUCCACCGUCAUGCGAUACUGAUCGAUUUGCUGCUGAAGAAGAAAUCGCCAAAGAACAGAUAGAAACAGUCGUUCAUGACGACAAUACCGAGGAAGACGAAGAUAAGUUUGUUACUGCGUUCGAAAUGUCUCAAUGCCAGCAGACCGAUUUUCAUCAGAGCUCCGAAAACAUCUUCGACGACUCGGACCCGAAUCCCAUGGUCAGUUUUGAAGUUUAUUCCAGUGAAGAAGAGAAGAUUUCUGCAGCAUCGCAAGUACUAACGAGAACGACUUCAUCAAACGGUGACAUUGUAACGACUGACAAAGUUUCCAGGGAUGUAGAGGAGGAGGAAGACAGCGGGAAGUGCAAUACACUUGAAAAAAAUGAUGGUGAUUGUCUAAACAUUCCAGUUGAAGAAGAGACUGGUAAUACAGUGGAAAAAGACAACAUUUCAUAUGGCAUGAUGGAACCACGGUUCCCUGCUGAAAAGGAACUUUCAUUCCAUCGACUUGCCAUAAAAGCACGGCUGAGUGAAGCUAUGGAAGGAAUGGCAAGUGCGGUGGAAACGGUUGAUUUGAUAAAAGAUGCUCCAGUUAUCGAUAAACCAGAAUCGAAUCUCGAAGAAAUGGAGGAAAAUCUUCCGACUGCAACACAAGGUAGUCAACUGAAUGAUACGCAGGAGGAUGAUGUACUGUACAUUUCUGACGAUGAGGUGAAUUAUUCUAUCCGUGGUGAAUCAUCGAGAGUUCCGACGCUUGAAGCAGGAUCAGCUGACGAAGAAAUAUCAAAAGAGGAUCCUGAUAUGACGAUAAGAUAUCAGGUUGAGGAACCUAUCAGGCAAAGCAUAGACAAUUUUAAUGAUUUGCCAUUAUCUCCUCAAUGUCUGUCCUUUGCAGAAGUAGAACCGGAAAUUGAAGUCAUCUCAUCAAAGGAUGCUGAUGAUGAACGGAUUGUUGUAGAUAGUACGUUUGCGUAUUUAGACCACCUAGUGAAAGAGUUCAACUUACCUCCAUUAAAACCGAAACCGAGGGUUGAAAAUUGUUUAAAUAAGCGGGAAAAUGGAAAAUUCAUCUCUCAGCCAAUUGGUAAAACUGUUACUUUGUCUCAAGAGAAUGUUCCAAUAGACUGUAAUUACUCAAUAUCCCAUGGAUCUAUUGGGAUAGAAGCAAUAGAUGAGAAGCAGCACGAAAGAAGGAAUGCGGAGUCUCAUUGGGAUGCAUCAGCCAGCAGACACAACGUACCUGAAAUAUCUGAUGAAUUAACUAAAUAUCUAAACAAUUAUGACGAGCCCAACUUCGACGAUCAUGCAAUCGCUGCUGAAAUGAUAGCAUCUCAAAGUCCUGUGAUCGAUAAUGUUGUAGCUGGUGGCAAAGUUUUGAGUAGAGUCAAAUCCAGUAUACAGUUUGAUUCGCCAAGGAAUCGCACGGCGUUGAAACGCACCGUCUCAGAAAGCAAGCUACAUUCGUUCUCGACUUUGAAUGAAAAGGACGUCUCAAAACCACUAAAUUGCAAUAAUUUUGGAGAUAAAUUUAACGAGCUAAAAACGGCUACAGUAAAUAUGGCACCAACCGAAUAUAUAAUCAGCACAUCGAAUGUGAACCAGAUGCCUCCUGCAUAUGAAGACAUGUCUACGCCGGAAAUUGAACGUGAACUGUUCAAGUACGGAUUGAAGUCUUUACAGCGAAGCAAAGCUAUCCGGGUUCUGAACUAUUUAUUUGAUGCAAUGCAUCCAUAUGUAAUGUUGGUUGAGAGGCAGGACAAAAACUUACCAAUAGCAAGAAAAGAGCACACUUUUCCUGAGGAGGAGGGUUCGAAUCAGCAAAAAAACCAGAUUUCAACAGCUUGCACUUCGAUUGUAUUAAAAAUGCCUCGUAGAUGCGCCUUCAAGUUGGAUGUUACAGUCACAGAGUAUUUUCUUCCCUCGAAACCACGGAAAAAGAUGGCUUGGUGUGCUGUUCCGCUACACAUUUCUUUCUUCAAUUUAGUGUCGGAAAGCGAAUCUUUACAGCGGCAAAUACUUCGCUACGAACCGAUUAAUCUGGAUGACAUAUACGCGAUGCUGAAGGAGGCUGGUAUGCGCUACGAAACAAAUGAUCUGAUUGCUUUUCUCGACAAACACUGCAUCACAUUCAGGACUUCAUCGUCCAGCGGAGAUCGUUCGGCAAAAGGGAAGACAAAGGACGGCAACAAAUAAACUAUACGAUGGCAAG